GAACUGCAGUAAAUAAUGGAGACAAAAUACUUAUUUCUGCCUCUUCUGAUCUUCAUGGGAUCAACCAAUGCAGUGUACAAACAGUGGAUCCCCAGUACCAACUUUGAGAAUGCUUCAAACUGGAAUGAACAGAGAGUUCCAUGCUCCCAGGAUACGGUGAUGUUUGACAGUGGCAAGAAGGUUUCAGUCUAUGUGCAAGCAAGUCAUUCCCUGAAGGACAUGUACCUGCCGUUGGAUGGAGAGUUCAUUCUGUCACCGGGUGCAGGCUUUGCGGCCUCUGCUGAAGAUGAUGCAGAAUGCAGUAAAGGGUCAACUAUAAUGUUCCGAGACACCGACCAGGACACAUGGCUUGAUCCUACUUUGUGGCUGUCUGGGCUUUCAACAGAUGAUCUUGAAGGGGGCAAAUCUCUCUUUCUCGUGGAUGCGGAGCGAGUACCCUGUCAGUACGAUGAUGUCAUAUUCUCCCCAGAAACAUCAUUUCGAGUUAACAUCCAGCCCACAGACCCUGCAAUCCAACUAAAAAGCAUUUCUGUUAUGGGACGGCGAUUUAACAGGGACGACGACUUUUCUCAGUAUCGCCAGUCAAAUACUGGAAAGCUACAGUUCCCCGGACCCGGCCGCCUGCAGAUCACAAAUGCCAAGUGCGGAGACAAAACUGGAUGUGAAUGUGGAAAUGACUUGUUCCUUGGAGAAAUCUGCUCCAGCCUGCUGAGACACUAUAACAAUAAAUGUCCUGAAGUCCCGUGCACAAAUCCCUUGCAGCCAGUCGGCCAUUGCUGUGAAAUAUGUGGGGCCACUGUCUCUCUAGAACACACAUCUCAGUUUGACUUGGAGAACUAUCGUAAUCGGCUCACGCACACUUUCCUCAGCCUGAAUAAAUAUUCGGGCGUUAAACUGGCCAUCUCCAAAGUACAAAAGCUUCAGACUGUCCUAGGAAUAAUACCUCGUGGUUCCAUCCCUGAGAUACAGAUUGUGAUCAUUGAUGAUAAAAAUGGGUCUCAGACAGGAAGUGAUGCACAGCAGCUUGCUUAUGACAUCAUGUCGGACAUACAAAACCAUGGGCAGAGUUUUGGUAUUAUAAAAGGAACAUUGGUAUUGGCUACAGGCAGCAGCACAAGUGCCCACAAAACUGACAUACCGGUGGGGACCAUCUUUGCAAGUGUCAUUGGAGUCAUUAUUUGUGUGGCUUUGAUUGGAGCAACCUACUUCCUCUACAGAACAGGAUAUAUAAGACUGCCAUCUUUAGAUGCAGUAACGUUUAGAUGGAUGAGAAACAGAACUCAAGAAGGAGUUGCCCAUAUGGAAAGAAAAGGAUUUGAAAACCCAAUAUUUGAUGGUACACCAGAUAACUCAACUGAUGUGCCACCAUUAUAUGAGAGAGAGGAAGCACCGAACGGGAUUGUGGUCAGACAAAGCGAUGUUCACUUUACUAAUCCCUUAUAUGAUGGUUCUCCCAGUGAAUUUUAAGGAAAACAUUAAUAUAUUACUGGAAAACAACACAAUGGAGUAUAAAGCAAUACAAACAAUGUUCUGCUCGUGGCUUGCUAGCUAUUGUGCACAAGUAAUGAAACAUUACGAAUCAUUGGGUAAUGAAACAACUUAUAGGCAGUGAAUGGCUCUAUGAAUUCUUAUUUGCGGGCAGUGUGUGAGAACUCCCGUCCUCUUUUUCCUUCCAUUGUGACAUUCCAGAUUAUAGGAAGAUGGCAGUAUGUUUUCCACAUUGCUUUAUAUAGAGCUACACAGUUUUCACCUCCUCCUUUUCCACUAUAAUGAAUUAGAAUGUAAGCCAGAUAUCAAUUUAUAUAGGUAUCAACAAAAAUGAUUACACACACAAUCCAAACAGCAGCAAUAAAAGAGCCAAAUCAAGAUGAAAAUGGUUAAAAUGAAAAUGAGAUGUUUGCUACUUUGGUACAGAUAGCUUUAUAUAGAUCUAUAACAGGUGUAUAUCUCACUGCGUCAUUAUAUAAUAUACACAAUGCAAUAGAAUGAACACACGGCUUUAUUAAAAAUAUUUUUUUGGAGCAAAA